ACAAUCAGAUACAAUAUCAGGGAUCUUCUGGUAAGGCUUCUGGCUACCAUUAGUUCUGAAUACUGAGGAUUUGAGGAGAAAAAUGGCUGUGAGUUUUGAAAUGUCUUUGAGAAUUACUUGGAUUUGUUGCCUGCUAAUUGGAGGGAUAACCUGUUAUCCUCCACCUAAAGGUAAUUAUAGAUAUAUUCCCCAAAAUCAAUUAAAAGGAAUUGGCCACAAUGCAGCGGUAGCUACCGGAUCCCGUGCCUCGGCAGGUGAAGCAGCCACCAGUAAUGCCACUGCAAGCGUCACGACUGGCCCAAAUACCUUAGGUGAAGCAACUGGCCACAAUGCUUCAUCAAGCGCCACGACUGGCCCAAAUGCCUUAGGUGAAGCAACUGGCCAUGGUGCCUCGGUAGUGGAAGCAACUGGACACAGUGCCAUGCCAGCGGCCACCCAUAAUGCCUCGGAAGCGGCCACCCACAAUGCUUCAUCAAGCGUAACGACUGGCCUAAAUACCUUAGCUGAAGCAACUGGCCACAAUGCUUCAUCAAGCGCCACGACUGGCCCAAAUACCUUAGCUGAAGCAACUGGCCACAAUGCUUCAUCAAGCACCACGACUGGCCCAAAUGCCUUAGGUGAAGCAACUGGCCAUGGUGCCUCUGUAGUGGAAGCAACUGGACACAGUGCCAUACCAGCGGCCACCCAUAAUGCCUCGGAAGCGGCCACCCACAAUGCUUCAUCAAGCGUAACGACUGGCCUAAAUACCUUAGCUGAAGCAACUGGCCACAAUGCUUCAUCAAGCACCACGACUGGCCCAAAUGCCUUAGGUGAAGCAACUGGCCAUGGUGCCUCUGUAGUGGAAGCAACUGGACACAGUGCCAUACCAGCGGCCACCCAUAAUGCCUCGGAAGCGGCCACCCACAAUGCUUCAUCAAGCGUAACGACUGGCCUAAAUACCUUAGCUGAAGCAACUGGCCACAAUGCUUCAUCAAGCGCCACGACUGGCCCAAAUGCCUUAGGUCAAGCAGCUGGCUAUAGUGCCUCGGCAGCGGAAGCAACUGGCCACAGUGCCGCCAGCGGCCACCCAUAAUGCCUCGGCAAGUGUGGCAACUGGCCCAAAUACCUUAGGUGAAGCAACUGGCCACAAUGCUUCAAGCGCCACGACUGGCCCAAAUGCCUUAGGUGAAGCAACUGGCCAUGGUGCCUCGGUAGUGGAAGCAACUGGACACCGUGCCAUGCCAGCGGCCACCCAUAAUGCCUCGGAAGCGGCCACCCACAAUGCUUCAUCAAGCGUAACGACUGGCCUAAAUACCUUAGCUGAAGCAACUGGCCACAAUGCUUCAUCAAGCGCCACGACUGGCCCAAAUGCCUUAGGUGAAGCAACUGGCCAUGGUGCCUCGGUAGUGGAAGCAACUGGACACCGUGCCAUGCCAGCGGCCACCCAUAAUGCCUCGGAAGCGGCCACCCACAAUGCUUCAUCAAGCGUAACGACUGGCCUAAAUACCUUAGCGGAAGCAACUGGCCACAAUGCUUCAUCAAGCGCCACGACUGGCCUAAAUACCUUAGGGAAGUCAAGUCGGUACCUCAUCAAAUCUGGUUCAAAUGCCUCUGCGGAAGCCACAGGCGCCCUUGCCUCGGCGGAAGCCACAGGCGCCCUUGCCUCGGCGGAAGCCACAGGCGCCCUUGCCUCGGCGGAAGCCACAGGCGCCCUUGCCUCGGAAGCCACAGGCGCCCUUGCCUCGGCGGAAGCCACAGGCGCCCUUGCCUCGGCGGAAGCCACAGGCGCCCUUGCCUCGGCGGAAGCCACAGGCGCCCUUGCCUCGGCGGAAGCCACAGGCGCCCUUGCCUCGGCGGAAGCCACAGGCGCCCUUGCCUCGGCGGAAGCCACAGGCGCCCUUGCCUCGGCGGAAGCCACAGGCCUUGAACAGGAGGGCCAACUCCUCAAGCAACAUGGAUUUGGGUCUGAUUGUGACAAUGAAAGCACACAAUGUCUCAGCUCCAGCAGCGUUCAAGGCAGCAUCGUUGAAUAGUCAGUUCUCAUCCCAAUAUAUUUACAACUCUGUGUAUGAGAAUGGCAAAACUGUCUACUCCCAAACCUGCCACACCACUGGGGAGGUUAUACCAUUUUGAUAGCGGAGAUACUCUCAAGGACUGUAGUGACGUUGUCAUCUCUGAACCAAGCAUAUCCCCACCUGCUAAAAACUCACAACCUGCUAAAGGAACCCUGCCACAAGGGAAGUCUACUGGGAUGUAAUGUGCAACUUUUACACUCACCUGCACUUUGCGUUCUGAUUUAGAAAUCAUUUGUACUAAUCAUCUAUCAACAGAAUUGCAAUGGUAGAUUCAUCCUUUAGAUGACAAAUCCAAGUUGUUGCUGACACUUUCUUUAAGCUUCCACUGUAUGCUUUUGCGUCGGCCAGGGAGAUGCUGCUGCUCAUGCUACCCUGCAUUACUUGUAAAACAAUAAAAUAUUGUACCUUUUUAA